GAGGAGGAGGAGCUAAAGCCGGACGAGGAGGCCCGAGGUCUGCUGUAGCAGCGCUCCUGAAAGGGGUGGGCGAAGGAAGGGAAGAGAGACCGGGCAAAAAACUGCCCGUCCCUUUUGAGGCUAGGAGCUGGGAGGAAGAAGCAAGAGUAGCGGCGUCGGCAGAGAUGGCGCGGCUGGUGGCAGUUUGCAGGGACGGCGAGGAAGAAUUCCCCUUCGAGAGGCGACAGAUCCCCCUCUACAUCGAUGACACCCUGACGAUGGUGAUGGAGUUUCCUGACAACGUGCUUAACCUUGAUGGGCAUCAGAACAGUGGGGCGCAGUUAAAGCAGUUCAUCCAGCGGCACAGCAUGCUCAAGCAGCAGGACCUGAAUAUUGCCAUGAUGGUGACAUCGCGCGAAGUCUUGAGUGCUCUCUCUCAGCUUGUACCGUGCGUUGGCUGCCGCCGGAGCGUGGAGCGCCUCUUCUCUCAGCUCGUGGAGUCGGGGAAUCCUGCCCUCGAACCCCUCACUGUCGGGUCCAAGGGAGUCCUCUCUGUCACUCCCAGCUGCAUGAGGGAUGCAAAGAAGCUCUACACGCUGUUCUACGUGCACGGGUCCAAGUUAAAUGAAAUGAUUGAUGCGAUUCCGAAAAGUAAGAAGAACAAGCGGUGCCAGCUGCACUCCUUGGACACGCACAAACCCAAGCCCUUGGGGGGUUGCUGGAUGGACGUGUGGGAGCUGAUGUCUCAGGAGUGCAGAGACGAAGUAGUUUUAAUCGACUCCAGCUGUCUGUUAGAAACAUUAGAAACUUACCUCCGGAAACACAGGUUUUGCACUGACUGCAAGAACAAAGUCCUGCGGGCUUACACCAUCCUUAUUGGCGAGCUGGACUGCAGCAAAGAGAAGGGCUACUGUGCCGCUCUCUACGAGGGGCUGCGCUGCUGUCCUCACGAGCGCCACAUCCACGUGUGCUGCGAGACCGACUUCAUCGCCCACCUCCUUGGCCGAGCCGAACCCGAGUUCGCAGGAGGGUAUGAGCGAAGGGAGAGGCAUGCAAAGACAAUCGACAUCGCCCAAGAGGAGGUCCUGACUUGCUUGGGGAUCCAUCUUUACGAACGGCUGCACCGCAUUUGGCAGAAGCUGAGGGCAGAGGAGCAGACUUGGCAGAUGCUGUUCUACCUUGGUGUUGAUGCUUUGCGCAAAAGUUUCGAGAUGGCCGUGGAAAGAGUCCAGGGCAUCAGCCGGCUGGAGCAGCUCUGCGAGGAGUUCUCCGAAGAGGAGCGGGUGCGAGAGCUCAAGCAGGAGAAGAAGCGCCAGAAGCGCAAGAACCGGAGAAAAAAUAAGUGUGCGUGCGAGAUCCCCGCUCCCUUGCAAGGGGUGGAGGAGAAGAAGAGGAGCCAGGACAAGGAAAACUUCUUGGAAAGCGGUUGCAAAGCUUGCGGCAGCACAGAAGAGAGAGGCAGCUGCAUCGAGGUCAUUGUGACCAACGAAAACACUUCCUGCACUUGUCCCACUGCUGGCACCUUACUGGGUUCACCCAAAAUAAAGAAAGGUUUAUCUGCACACUGCAAUGGCAGCGAUUGUGGCUACUCCUCCAGCAUGGAGGGCAGCGAAACGGGGUCGCGGGAGGGCUCGGACAUUGCUUGCACUGAAGGGAUUUGCAACCACGACGAAAACGGCGAUGACUCCUGCCUCCAUCGCUGCGAGGACAAGGAGGAGGACGGGGACAGCUGUGUGGAGUGCUGGGCGAAUUCGGAAGACAACAACAUGAAAGGCAAGAGCAAGAAGAAGAAAAAGAAAAGCAAGAAGGGCGAGGCCGAACACAUCCAAAAGCUGAGCAACUGCGCCGUAGACCCGAGCAGCCACGAGAGCUCCGCCAAUGCCACGCACACGGAGUUCCACCGGGACAAGACCAAAGACCCGCACACCGACACCUGCUGCCGCGCAGAGAAGGGCGGGCAAGCGUGGUUGGAGCACAGGAAAACGGCGCUGUCGUGCGCAGAACUUCCAGAGGCAGCCUCCGCUCCAGACUCUGGGAAAGGUGCCAAGAGCUUGGUGGAACUCCUCGAUGAAUCCGAAUGCACUUCCGACGAGGAAAUCUUCAUCUCGCAAGACGAGAUCCAGUCGUUCAUGGCGAACAACAAGUCUUUCUACAGCAAUAGAGAGCAGUACCGCCAGCACCUGAAGGAGAAAUUUAACAAAUACUGCCGCUUGAACGAUCACAGGAGGCCGGUUUGUAGCGGCUGGCUGACGACAGCCGGAGCGAACUAAACCCAAUAAAAUUAGCUCUGUCUUUCAAUGAAAACUUUCGAGACGACUACUGCGCCUUUUCUGUCUUCGUAAACAAAACACUUUUCUUUAGCAACUAAACAAAAAUCUUACCUUUAAAAAAUCAAUGUGGCUUUCUGUUUCCUUUCAUUCUUUUUUUCCUCUCUGAUGCCCCUACUCCUGUGCAGGAGGCUGGUGGAGGUGAUAACUUUUAAUUUUGGGUUUCUUCCCCCUCCCACCCCUCCUGGCACAAUGUUUCAGGCUUAGAUCUUUAGUUUUGGGUAGAUUGAGGCAAGCCCUUAGACCUUCAUAAUUUAAGCCAUUUCUGUCUCUCUCUUUCUUUCUUUCUCUCUCUCUCUCUGUCUUUUCAUUCAAUGUUUCUCUUAACUGUGACACUUAACAAACAGACAAAAAAAAAGAAACUUAGUGGCAAAAGUAAUG